AGAAACAACAUGAGCACAGCAGGAAAAGUAAUCAAAUGCAAAGCAGCUGUGCUAUGGGAGGUAAAGAAACCCUUCUCCAUUGAGGAUGUGGAAGUGGCACCUCCUAAGGCCCUUGAGGUUCGCAUUAAGGUGAAAUAUUUUUUCCAUUUACUGGUGGCUGUAGGAAUCUGUCGUUCAGAUGACCACGUGGCUAGUGGCACCAUAGUGAGCCCACUUCCUGUGGUUUUAGGCCAUGAGGCAGCCGGCAUCGUGGAGAGUGUUGGAGAAGGGGUGACUACAGUCAAACCAGGUGAUAAAGUCAUCCCGCUCUUUACUCCUCAGUGCGGAAAAUGCAGAAUUUGUAAAAACCCGGAAAGCAACUUCUGCUUGAAAAGCGAUCUCAGCAAUCAUCGGGGGACCCUGCAGGAUGGCACCAGUAGAUUCACCUGCAGAGGGAAGCCCAUCCACCACUUCCUUGGCAUCAGCACCUUCUCCCAGUACACGGUGGUGGAUGAGAGUGCAGUGGCCAAAAUUGAUGCAGCCUCGCCCCUGGAGAAAGUCUGCCUCAUUGGCUGUGGAUUUUCGACUGGUUAUGGGUCUGCAGUCAAAGUUGCCAAGGUCACCCCAGGCUCUAUCUGUGCUGUGUUUGGCCUGGGAGGGGUCGGCCUAUCUGUCGUUAUGGGCUGCAAAGCAGCCGGAGCAGCCAGGAUCAUUGCGGUGGACAUCAACAAGGACAAAUUUGCAAAGGCCAGAGAGUUGGGUGCCACUGAAUGCAUCAACCCUCAAGACUACAAGAAACCCAUCCAGGAGGUGCUAAAGGAAAUGACUGAUGGAGGUGUGGAUUUUUCGUUUGAAGUCGUCGGUCGACUUGACACCAUGAUGGCUUCCCUGUUAUGUUGUCAUGAAGCAUGUGGCACAAGCAUCAUUGUAGGGGUACCUCCUGAUUCCCAAAGCCUCUCAGUGGAACCUAUGCUGCUACUGACUGGACGCACUUUGAAAGGAGGUAUUUUUGGAGGCUAUAAGAGUAAAGAAUCUGUUCCCAAACUUGUGGCCGAUUUUAUGGCUAAGAAGUUCUCCCUGGAUGCGUUAAUAACCAAUGUUUUACCUUUUGAAAAAAUAAAUGAAGGAUUUGAUCUGCUUCGCUCUGGAAAGAGCAUCCGUACCGUCCUGACGUUCUGAGACAAUACAGAUGUC